UAAAGUAUACAUGUUUGUAUAUUACAAAGCGAAGUUUUUAUUUCCGAAUUGUGAUCUCUAAGCGAACUAAAAAUGAUUUUAAAAACUAUAAAAGGUGUUAAGCGAAGGAUAAGGCCAUUUGUUCUGAAGUUUAUGCCUUACUUCGUAAUGUCGUAUUACUUCAUGGAGGUCCUUUAUGCAGCGGUGCAUACUUCCCUUGUGGGAAGAGAAAGAGCAAUUGUGAUGGAUGUCCACGAUGCAUUUGGAUACAUUUACACCUUCUUCGAUAUCCUGCUGACAAUCGCGGCCAUAUUCAUCAAUCUCUGCACCAAAAAGGAGGCCAGUGGAGUGACCCUCUUGCUCAUCGGAAGAGUCAUCCAUCGACUCUUCUUCUCCAUUUGGACCAUAUUUUUCUACUUUCUGGUCAACGACAGCUUGGAUGUGGGUUCCUUAUUAAUGUUGGUUGCUGCCAAAAGCAAAUUGAGAGAUCAAAAGGAGUGGCCGCAGAUGGAAAAGUGGAAGUAUCAACUGUUAUUAUUGGGAGGAAGACUUUGCUUGUCCAGCUUGUUUAUUAUGUGGAUGGAUGAGGAACUGGAGAGUUCUUUCACCAUUGUAUCAUUUGUUCUGCUGUUUUUCAUAAGCUUGGGCUUCCAAUGCAAACUGUUUUCCUAUCUGACCGUAAUCGCCUUGCUGUAUCACGAUGUUUUCAGCAAUCAUUGGAGUAUGUUGUUUGGCUGGAAUGAUACUCUCCUCUCGUUGCAGUACUUCUCCUUAUUGUUUUGUAAAAUCGGUGGAUUCAUGAUGCUUUCCGAGCUCGGAGGAGGCAGAUUUUCCUUGGACGGAUUGAGGAACAGGAAGGCCGAGAAAUGGGAGCAGAAAGGCGGUUACCGACUCGUCAAAAACCAACCACCUGCCUAAAAAUCGUUAUCCAGCGGAUUGAGUUCUAUCUUUACUUCUUCCUUACUUUCCACGCCCUUUAAUGUUUGGGGGGAUCUGCAUAAACUUUAAUGGGAAAUUCUGGAGCUCCAGCUAAUGUUUAUUUUUAUUUGUAUCUCUAUUUGUGCACCUGCCUCGCAGCAAAACAAAAAAAAAAAAAAAUACGAAGUGGGCACUCCAAAUGCUCUUUGAUUCGCGCCUCAGCCGACGUAAAUUAUUAAAAAGUCUCGAGUUGCGUUUAAGCGGCUUUCCCCUUA